AUUAUUAUUUUAAAUAUUUUUUAUAGUAUCCUGAGCCAAUUUCAAAAUUGGAGUAUAUACCUGGUUUUGCCGUUCGUGGUCUCCAUUAUGACAUUGAAAAAGGUUUGCUCCUUAAAUUAGAUUCAUUUCUUCAAAUACAAUUGGGUUCGGUAUAUAGAGGAAGGACAAAGGUUCCCGAUCAAGAAGUACUAAAAUUGUAUAAAAAUCGCAUAUUACCAAUUGCAUACGUCGAAGGAACUUCAAAAAAUUAUCAGCCGAAUGUUAAAUCGAAGAUGGUGCAGUUGGCAGAUUUGUUUUCGGUGCCUGAAAUGUGUCUUUUGUGCAAUGUUGCUGAAUAUUUUGAGAAAAAUCACAUUGAUUACCACCCAGAAAUAUUAUUUCACGAUAUAAAAUCUGCUGUACAAUCUUGCCAUCCUAUAAUGCAUCAAAUUGUUAUGAAAAAUGCAGAAAAGUAUAUUGAAAAAAACGAAAAUUUACCAAAAUAUUUUGAAAAGCUACAAAAGGCGGAUAAAAAGCUGUUUUUAGUAACCAAUAGUCCAUAUUCUUUUGUAAAUCGUGGCAUGACCUUAUUGGCUGGCAAAGACUGGCGUGAAUAUUUUGAUGUGAUAAUUGUACAAGCUCGGAAACCAAAGUUUUUCACCGAUGAAUCUCGUCCUAUUCGUUUGUAUGAAGAAAGCAAUGACAGCCAUGUAUGGGAUAGGGUAUCAAAACUGGAAAAAGGACAAAUUUACUAUGAAGGCACCGUAAAACAGUUACAAGAUUUAACGGGUUGGCACGGACAUAGUGUCUUGUAUUUUGGCGAUCAUCCUUAUAGUGAUUUGGCUGAUGUUACGUUAGAACACGGCUGGCGAACGGGUGCAAUUAUAAGUGAAUUAUCGCACGAAAUAAAAACACUGAAUACAGAAGAAUUUAAAUCAACAGCAAAUUGGUUGCAAAUGUUAACUCAAUUGAUUGAAGAAAACCAGGAUAAUGAAAGUGAUUCUGCAAAGAUAUGCUUACAUAAAUGGAUGCAAGAAAGAGAUCAACUAAGAAACCUAACAAAAACCGUAUUUAACGAACAAUUUGGUAGUGUUUUUAGGACCUAUCACAAUCCAACAUAUUUUUCCCGGCGACUUUUUCGCUUUGCUGAUAUUUACAUGAGCGAUAUAACGAAUUUAUUAAAUUAUUCAGUUUCCCAUACCUUCUAUCCUCGAAGAGGUGUUAUGCCACACGAAUAUAUAUCAUAUUUCAUGUAAGGACACAAUCCUAAAAAAACAAACAACGGCUAUUAAAGAAUGGACAAACAAGUGCGAAUAAAAAAGAAUUAAAAGAAUACAAUGGAAAUUAUAUCUCGAAUGUUUUAUUGUUAAUUUUUAUUGUUGUUAUUAUAAUGUUUACAUAAUUAGCUAAAUUGAUUAAAGUGUUUUGUAUUUAUAAAGUUAUUAAUUGUACACAAUAAAAAAUUGGUAAAAAAAAACAAAAAAAUCAAUUGAAAUAUUCAAUUUAGCUACAGAAUACGAAAGCAUAUUAUAAGUAUAAAACGUUUUUAGCAAAAAAAUAUUAUUUAUUUAAUUUUUAAAGUAUUUAUUUUUAUUGUUGUGUAGAAAUAUUUUGUUGCAAACUUGAUAUUUGUAGUUAUAUUUAUUAACUGGUACAAAUUACAUACACUAUUUAACUAUACAUAUGUAAGAGAAUCAAAAUAAAUGUUAUUUUAUAAAAUGUU